AUGAAGCUCAUCAUCUUCACUUUCAUCCUUUCCUUUGUCUUAUCAACAAAGGCGGUGAUCCUCGAUACCGACGGCAAUGAGCUAAAGCCUAACACAGAGUACUACAUCCUCCCGAGUGCCACCGCUCUAUGCCGGAGGGCUCACCUUAGGGAAACAACAAAAAACAGUUCAUGUGCUGAAAAUGUGGCUGAAGUAUGGACUUUAGUCUCUGAUACCGACACCGGAAAGCGAUUCGUGAAGAUUGGUGGAGUUUUAGGGAACCCUGGGAAUGAUACUUUGGCCAACUGGUUUAAUAUACAAGAGUACAUGAAUGGUCUCUACAAGCUUGUUUAUUGUCCUACUGUUUGUGAGACAUGCAAGCCUGCAUGUGGAUAUUUGGGUAUUGUUAAUGAUGAUGAUGGGGGACUUUGGCUUGCUAUCACUGAUGAGCCAUUUGCUUGUGCUUUUACAAAGGCUUGA